AGCUGCAAGUGGACCUAAAAACAUGAUUUCUAGAAGCUUUAUCUGACCCUAAAAGAGUGCUGCACCCUUCUCCCUUUUAUUUCUUCUAGAAGAGCCAAAAUCAGCCACAAAACACCUUGUUUCUAAAAGAGCCAAAAUUAACCUAAUUUUGGGCGAAUUUCCCUAACCUUUUUCCUCUUGGAUUCUAAUUUAAAUUGGCCCUUUUCCUCUUGGAUUUGGAUUGUAUAAGUCCAUAUCAUAAAUUAAUUGGGCUAUGAAUUAUUUUCCCAAGCCUUGCCGCACCCUAGGAACCCUAAUUCUGAUUUCCUAGGGUCUUACCGUCCAUGAAUUAUUUUCCCAAGCUAUGUCAUCCAUGGCUCUGAUACCAAAUGGGGCGGAACUAACAAUACCAGGAGGUAAAACUGUCCAUAGAAUUCAGAGUGCGGAAGUAAAACAUGUAUAAGUAGAAUUUGAGUUCAAUGAGAGGGAUUGAGGAUUUAGACCUUUCACGCAACAAUUUGUCUGGUGAAAUUCCACAGUUUUUGGAGGGCUUUGCUUUCUUGAAGAAUCUCAACUUGUGUUUCCAUCAACUUUGGGGAACGUACCAAUUGAAGGUGUUUUAAAAAUGCAACUGCAACUUCAAUUGUUGGAAACACCAGGCUCUGCAGCAAUAUUGCCGAUCUCCAACUGCCCAAGUGCAAGACUAAAGAGUUCAAGAAUAAGGGAAGAUUGUCUCCUAGUUUGAAGCUAAUAAUCUCCUUAGUAGCUGGGUUUUCCUUUCUAGAAAUGGUUAUAGUGUUGUCAUUAUUGUUUGUUUGUUCACCAAGAAAUAAAAGGAAGGGAGCAGGUCCAAUUACUUUGGGGAACUCCGCUUUACAAGUGUCCGAUAACAAUCUCUUGAAGGUUACUGAUGGGUUCUCCUCAACUAAUCUGAUUGGCAUGGGCAGCUUUGGGUCUGUGUAUAAAGGAGUUCUUGAUGACGAUAAUGGAAUUCAACCUGUUGCUGUCAAGGUGUUUAACAUGUUACGCCAUGGAGCCUCUAAGAGUUUCAUAGCCGAAUGUGAGGCGAUGAGAAAUAUUAGACACCGGAAUCUUGUCAAGGUUGUAACAGCUUGUUCGAGCGUGGACUUUUCUGGUAAUGACUUCAAGGCUUUAGUUUAUGAACUCAUGGACAAUGGGAACUUAGAGGAGUGGUUGCAUCCAACUGCUGGAACACCCAAAAAUUUAAGUUUUCUUCAGAGGCUAGACAUUGCCAUUGAUGUUGCUUGUGCAUUGGAUUAUCUUCAUAAUCAUUGCGAGGCACCAAUUGUUCAUUGUGAUCUCAAGCCUAGCAAUGUUCUUUUGGGCAACGACUUGACUGCACAUGUCUCUGAUUUUGGACUGGCAAGAUUUCUCUCAAACCUAACCAAUAAUGUUACGGAAAAUCAAACAAGUUCCAUUGGAGUACGAGGAACGGUUGGUUAUGCUGCUCCAGAGUAUGGCAUGGGAAGCAAGAUUGCAACAUGUGGGGAUGUCUACAACUUUGGUAUCCUCUUGUUAGAGAUGUUUACAGGGAAGAGACCCGCCGACCCUAUGUUUAGUGAAGGCUUGAACCUUCACAAUCUUGUCAAGAUGGGUUUGCCUCAUCGAGUUCCAGAAAUUGCAGAUUUUCACUGCUCGACCCUUUUACUCCCAACCAAAGCAGCAUAAUAACAUAAGUGCUGAAAAAAUCCAAGUGUGUUUGAGUUCAAUAUUUAAAAUCGGAAUCUCGUGUUCUGCUGAAUCCCCGAGAGAGCGAAAAGAUAUUAGUGAUGUUGUAACUGAGUUGCAAUCCAUCAGGGACCUUGUCCUUGGCCAGAAUCUUUUGUGAUGACUCGAAAUGAUAUCAGUCAUGUUGUAAUUGACAGUUGAAGUGUAUUUGAAUAAA